GAGUGAAGUCUCCAUCGGGUUCAGAGCCGAAAGCGGAGAAUCUGGCACUAAGCAUUGCCAUGGAUUUCGAUGAGAUACUGGCCAAGUGCGGCAACAGGCAUCGCUAUCAAUACCUGCUGCUUGGCCUCUACAGUCUGUUGAUGUUCGUAACAUCGAUGCACAACUUCUCACAGAACGUGAUCGGCUUUGUGCCCGAUCACUGGUGCUAUCACAAGCAGUUGGAAAACCGCAGCUUCGCACAAAUCGAGGCCAUCUAUAAUCAGUUCGAUUAUCCCUCAUGCACGCGCCUGGAGACGAUCGGCCCAGAUUAUGAUGGCCGGAACGCAACUGUCAGUGGGGAGCAAUGCGAUCGUUGGAUCUAUAAUUAUGAUUUCGGAUUUAGAAGCAUGAACACUGAGCUUAAUUGGGUCUGCGAUGAUGCCUAUAAAGCACCCGUGGGACAAUCUUUCUUUUUUAUAGGCUCUAUGUUUGGCACGCUCAUCUUUGGCAUUCUGGGCGACAAAAUUGGGCGAAUUAAGUCGGUUAUUUUGGCCAAUAUGUGCGGCUUUUUGGGCGACUUCUCAACUAUCUUUACAAGCAGCCUGUUUGCCUUCUCCACAGCACGAUUUGUGUCGGGUCUCGCGGUGGAUGCCAACACCUAUCUCAUGUAUAUUCUUGCGCUCGAGUAUCUUCCUCCCUCGGGCAUCUUUUACUGCCUGGGCAUGAUUAGCUCCUGCGGAUUGGCCGUCCUAGCGGGCCAUUGGCGGAUAUUCCUAGCCUGCUCCUCGCUGCCGCUGUUGCUGAUCGUACUGUUCUACUUUCUGGUGCAGGAGAGCGCCCAGUGGCUGGUCACUCGAAAUGAUAUCGAUGGGGCCGUAAGGUGCUUGCGGCGCGUGGCCAAAAUGAAUCGUCGUAAGGUCAGCGAGGAGGAUUUUCAGGAGUUCCGCAAAUAUUGCCAGAUCAACUGCAUCAAGAAAGCGCAGGAGUCUAAUGAGCAUCAACAGGACAAAUUCAUUGACAUGUUCAAGACGCCGCACUUGCGCAAAACCAUCAUCAUCAUGCUGACCACAUUCACUAUCGUAACGGUCUGCUAUAACACCUUGGCACGCAAUGUGGAGGGUCUGGGCAUAUCCCCGUUGAUAAUGUUCUCGCUGAGCGCACUGACCCUGCCGCCCUCUGGCUUCAUCCAAGCCGAUAUCCAGAAGCGCAUCGGCCGCAAGGGCUCCUCGGUGCUGUCCUUGCUGCUCACGGGCCUGUUUACGGCCGCCAGUGGUAUAGCGCUGUCCGUUUGGCAGAAUCCCAGUACGGUGCUCUUGAUAUCACUGAUGAUUGCUUCCCGGUUCGGUCUAUCCAUUUGCUUUGGCUCGACUUUGCUGUUCUCCACGGAGCUGGUGCCCACCUGUGUGCGUUCCCGUGGCCUCAGCGUGGCGCACAUGGUCGGCGCGGCUGCCUCCCUGCUCUCGCCCUACAUUCUGCACCUGGGCACCUUCUACAGAGCGGGCCCCUCGAUUAUACUCUGCCUGCUGUUCCUAACCGGUGGCUUCUUCUGCCUGUUGCUGCCAGAGACGGAGAAUCGCAGGUUGCCCAUUACACUGGCCGAGGGCGAACAGUUUGGCAGAGGAGAGCGCAUGUUUGACUUUUUAAGGCAACCAAAGGCCGAGCAUACUGAAGCUGCGACUCCUCUCAAGCAAACUUCUUGAUGUACUACAAUGGUUUCUAUA